AUGCCGGUGCACUGGACACAAUUCGGGGCUGCUCUUCAUACCAAGGAGGCAGUCCUUGGAUUAACAAGAUGGAAAUACGGAAGGCGCAAAGCCAGUCAACGACACGCUUCCCCAUUGGAACUCCAUUACAAGCCCGCGACGUCAACCCACUCUCCCGCGAAUAUUCUCAGUGCACAUCACCGUGGAACUCAAAUAGGAGGAGGAAAGCACGCAGUCGGACGCUGCUCGUACGUCCCUCGUUAUUCACACCCCCCUCUGGCACCAUCUUUUUCACUUUCUCGGGAAUUAUGUGCGGAGCUGAGCAAAAGACUCGUCGUGCUCCAUGCGAUUGUCGAGUCCCCCUUUAGGGCUUCCCUCGCAGACGAAGAUGAGAACAUGCAGCGCACAGUAAUACUCACAGCCGAUCUCCUAUGCGAACUCGUAAGUGUAAGUCACCCGCUAUUCAGUAACUCCCUCAUCGCAUCGACUUAUGCUACUCUUCUUACUCCUCUCCUCACCCUCUUUUUGCAUAUCCUGUCAUCUCUGCCAUCCCUCAUCAAGCGCUCCCUGCACAAAUACACGCUACAUGCGCUUUCUGGAUUUUCGGCUCUGUCGAUGUCUCAGAGUCGCUGGAAAUCUGUAAGCUUCCCCGAUUUCUUGGCUGGUUGGAAACUUGCUGCUGUUGGCAAGGGUGGCGACCUGAGUGUUAGCUUAGCGGACAUUGCUGUUUCGACAGUGCGAUAUCCGAAUCGCAUACCUGAUGACCAGGAUACCGUCGGGUCUGCAUUGUCUGCGCUCGGGGACGGGAACUGGAAAAUGGGUGACAGGAAGCAAGUAGGGAAAACUCCCAAGUCCAGCUCUGUAGAGGUAAACGAGAAGUGCUGAUUCAGCACUUUGUCUGUGGGUUGCGUUUUCUCUCCCUUUCCCGAACACAAUUCAUUUGAUCUGCAGUCGACGUCGACACUCUGAUCAGCAGCCUCCCAACCCAGUCACGCACACAACACCGACCUCCUUUCGGUUCUGUGUUCCUCCUCAACAAUUGUCUCAUACCUUGUAGCUCACCUCGUCUCGCGCACCACGAACCCCAACGCGCCUUCCUUACUGUCUAAGCACAAUGAAUUUUCUUACCUCGUCAUGGCGCACCGCAAAGGCAGGUUACUUCGAUGCUAACUUCUCACCCCUCAUGCAGGCGCUUGCCGACUAUGUACAAGAUAAGACGAGCGGCAGCGAGGGAGACGUUGACGCGCUUUUAUGAAGAGGUUGGAGAACGACAAAGGUAUUAGAAGAGGAUCCAGAAGAGAGAAAUACUGGUGGUAAAGUUGGUUGUCCCAUCGUUACAGCGGUUUAUGCAAA